AUGGAGGCUCAGGACAGGAGUCGCUCCCCGUCCCGUAGAACCAGUCGGGUGGAGCAGGUGGUGGGACGAUGGCUGAGGAGGUCCAGAGACCUCGGCAGCAGGUCGCACUCCCUCAGCAGGGAUCGGGUGCUGGUGGAUGGGAAGGCAGCAGACAGCGGAUCAGACCAGAGGAACUAUCCGUUCCGCUUCAUCGUUCAGAUCCAGCGGGACCAGAACCUCCUCUCCCACGGCCUCACGCUGUCCUCCCAGAGCCCCAUCCUGGUGCAGGACGUCACCCCAGGUGGUCCUGCAGAUGGUCGUCUGGUCCCUGGAGAUCAGCUGGUGAAGAUCAAUAACAUCACAGUGGACGACCUGACGCCAGAGCAGGCUGCAGAGAUCAUCAGGGAGUGUCAGGACACGUUGACGAUGACCGUCCUCAGAACCAUGCUGGGCCCAAAGUCUUCCUUCAUCACCCCGGAGAAGAGGGCCAAGCUCCGGUCCAACCCGGUCAAAGUCCACUUUGCUGAGGAGGUGGAGUUCAACGGGCACUCUCAGGGCAACUCGCUGCUCUUCCUGCCCAACGUGCUGAAGGUGUAUCUGGAGAACGGACAGACCAAGGCCUUUAAAUUCGACCCCAACACAACAGUCAAGGACAUCGUGAUGACACUGAAGGAGAAACUUUCUCUGAGCCACAUCCAACAUUUCUCUCUGGUGCUGGAGCAGCAACACAGCAUCACCAAACUACUGCUGCUGCAUGAUGAGGAGAGGAUCCAGCAGGUGGUCCAGAAGAAAGAGGCCCAUGACUACAGGUGUCUGUUCCGUGUUUGCUUCAUGCCCAAAAGCCUCCAGACGAUGCUGCAGGACGACCCCACUGCCUUCGAGUACCUCUACCUGCAGGGGGUGAAUGACGUGCUCCAGGAGCGUUUUGCGAUAGAGAUGAGGUGUAACACGGCGCUGCGGCUCGCUGCGCUGCACAUCCAGGAGAGACUGGCGAGCUGUGGACAAUCUCCAAAAACCAACCUGAAGAUCAUCACGAAGACGUGGGGAAUCGAGAACUUUGUGUCCUCCACCUUGCUGAGGAACAUGAGGGAGAAAGACCUGAGGAAGGCGAUCGGCUACCACAUGAAGAAGAGUCAGUCCCAGAACGACCCCAAGCAGAAGGGUCUCUCUGUGGACCAGACCAGGAUCAACUACCUGGAGGAGCUCAGCGACCUCAAGUCCUUCGGAGGGAAAUCCUUCAGCGCCACCAUGAUGCUCCAGGACCGUGAGUCCAUGGUGACCCUGCUGGUGGGGGCUCGGUACGGGGUCAGUCAGGUGGUGAACCACAAGCUGAGCAUCCUGUCAAACCUGACGGAGUUCAGCAGCAUCACACGCAUAGAGCUGCUGCCAGAGUCGGACAAGGUGAGCCUGGUGAAGAUCUACCUGCAGGACAUCAAGCCCAUCACGUUAUUACUGGAGUCAGUGGCAGCCAAAGACAUGUCCUGUCUCAUAGCGGGCUACUGCCGAGUGUUUGUUGACCCCUCGCUCAACAUCUUCCCCUGGAUUCACGACUUCAAGAAGCACAGAGUGUCUGCUGAGGAAGGUUACGUGUCCCGGUGUGGCAGCGACUCGGACUCGUCCUCAGACCUGGACAUGGAGGCUCUGGUCAGCCAGGUGUCUCAUGACGACAGGCCCCGCCCCCGAAUCAGAUCCUCAUCAGACCCGGACGGAAGGAAAAGAAAAGACAGAAACAAAAGGAGAAGCAAAGAAAAUGACAAAGAAAAGGCUGAUAAACCUCAAGAGGAGGAGAGGAAACAACGGGAGGAGAAGGACGCUGACACGGAAAAGGAAAAGGAGAAGGAGAAGGAGAAGGAAGAGAAAGCUGAAUCAGAGCACAGGGAGGAGACGGAGAGGGAGCAGGAGGGUAAAACUCAGACCAAAGUAAUGGAUAAUGAUUGUGGGGAACAUCCAGAAAACGAAGGAGGAGGAGGAGGAGGAGACGCUGCACGAGGAGCAGAGGAGCAACCUUCGGCAUCAGAAGCCUCCGACUCCUGCCAGACUGACUCUCGAGUCCUCACCAGCGCCUCCUGCGACUCCCUCGACGCUCUGGAGGAAGACGACUUACUCACGUGCUCCUCUUCCUCCCUCCACCCCAACACCCACUCCCACAGCCACUCCCCCUUCCAGGUCCUCCCCUACUGCCACCGCCACGUCGAGCCGCACCUCCUCGCUCCUCCUCCUGCUCACUCACACCCGUUCAUCCACCUCCCGAGUCCAGGAGGCUCCUGCAGGAGGAGGUCUGGAGGGGACGGAGCUGAUCCCCAACUGUCCCCGUCCCCGAAAUGUUCCUCCGGUAACCUCUCCGGUAACCUCUGCUCUGACGACAGCUCGCUGUGCUUCGCCGAGCUCUCCCGCCUCGUCGACUUCCUGCCGAGCCCUCCGGAGGCCAGCGAGGAGGACGACGAAGAAGAGGAGCUGAGGAGGAGGAGGAGGAAGCUGCUGAAGGAGUCGAGGAGACCACCCUCCCCCUCCCCGACCUCCCCGUCCUCCCACAUGGACUUUGUGUUUAACUUUGACCAAAGCGACGCUCGCUGCUACUACAAACUCUGCUCCAACAUCACCCCCGACAGCGCCCGCAGCCUGCCCCGCCCCCAGCAGCCCCCCGAAGGAGAACCCUGGGAGGAGGAGGAGGAGGAGGAGGUGAAGGAGGAGCAGGAGAAGGUGGUGGAUCUGGAGCCCGUCCCCAUCCUGCAGCCUCCGCCCGGCUUCGGAGACAGCAGCUCUGACGAGGAGUUCUUCGACGCCAGAGAUCGCUUCGCUUCACCUGAAGACCCCACCUCAGGGGCCCUGCCGAGAGAUAUUCGCACAGAGAUGAAACUGGACCUCAGCACACUCAGUCUCAGUGACAUCUCGGUGUCGGUGACAGAAACAGACAAAGAUGAAAAAGUGGAAGAAGACAGUAAAGGAGCGGAAGAAGAAGAAGGAGGAGGAAGAGAAACGUUGUUCCAACUCAGAAAAAGAUCCCGUAAACGCCGUUCCUUCAUGGAAACUGAUUACACCUCCAUGGUUUCAUAUCCAGAGCCCGAUCCCGCCAAGCAGGACCUGGUCUCUGGUCGGUCUCAUAGGAACCAUUUGGCAGAAGCCAAUGAUGCUCAGAUGCUGAGUUCAGAUCCUGAACCUUCAGAGCAAACCCAGAAUCCCAGUCCAACCGUCUCCUCGUUGACUCACUCUGAAGGGGAACCAGCUCAGCUCGAGUCCAAACCUAUCCUGUCCAGACCCUGUUCAGAUGGACCCGGCUCUCCUUUGGGUUUGAAGUCUCGUGAACAGACUAGAGACCCAAAGACCCCCUCCAGGACCAGGAAACAAGACAUGGAGAUGGAACCAGACGCAAUGGAAUCCAAAUCGGUCACAGAUGUGGUGAAGGCGGCGUCUCCCAGCAUCACCGUUGUCCGUUGCCGGGUGGAUCCAGACGGGAAGGAGAGUUCUGAUCGGAGGGGUGACGGGAAGGAGGAAGGGGAGGAAAAGGGGGAGAUGGAGGAGGGGAAAGAGGAGGAGGGAGAGGAUACACCAGAGAAUGGACCAUUCUCAAACCAUUUGUUUUUUGCAGUAAGCUCUAAGGAGGAAGGAAAGGAGGAAGAAGAAGGAGUGCGAGGGUAUUCCUCCAGUUCAAAAAGACCACUCUCGGGUACUGAGAGUCCUCCAGAGGCCGAAACACAACCAACAUGUUUGAUAGAUGUGAAUAAAAAGAGCAGUAACGGCCUUUUGGGAGCACAUCUUAGUGCCCUAGAGCAAAACUCAUAUGUAGAGAAACAUGUGCUUGAAAGCGUGUUUAAAAAGUCAAACCCACUAUCAUACAUCCCACCACCACCUCCACCACCAUCCCCUCUACCUCCAGUACCAGUUCUACACAACUCUCAAAGUGAUUGGGAAAGGAAGGGUCGAGAUUACACGGGAACCUCAAUCAAUAAGUCUCUGAAUUCUGAGGAGAUGCCAAUUGGCAAACACACUAACAAAGCACAAUUGCAUUUAGACGUCACCACCAGUGUCAAUGACGAUGGCGGUGUUGUUGGCUCCACUAGCGAUGAAGUCACUGACAGCACCACUUCAGACAAUGUUUUUGAAGAUGAUGAGGUGAGUAAUUCCUUAAAUUCUUGUUCAAGUGACAAGAAAAAUGACUGGGCUGUAGCUAUAAAGCAAAGCGUCAGUGCAAAUCCAGCUACGACAAGUAAAAAUGAGUCUCAAAUGACUAUCAAGUCUCUUACCAACACUGAGGCUCAUACGAGAAUUCAUUCAGUAAAUUCGGAUUACACUCGAGCUAUAAACUCUAUCACUGCGAAGCUUGGAGCUGCAACAAGUGCCACAUCUCCUACAUUUAAUUCAGGUGCCAGAUUCCAACAUGAAAGUUCUUCAUGUUCGGAUCAAAAUGUAGACAAAUCCAGAAGUGAAGAAGCUAAAGAUGGUUUAGCUAGUCCUAGCCUAGCUAACACAGCAACAAUCUGUGAUCUUCCCAAAGCUCCUUCUCCAGUUCACUUCCUCUUCCAGUCCUGUUCCCCGAGCAUCAUGGGUCGCCUAUCUGCCUCCACACUUAGGGGGAAGAUUCAGAAUUUGCCCCUUUAUUUAUCACGUUCCCAGGAAACCCUCAACCAAGCCGGGUUGGGGAAUGUAGCUCAGAGUCCGACUCAGGACAACAGUCGGGACGAGAUCACCAUCAAGGUUACAGACGUUAAUGAUGUCACACAAACAAUUGACUUCGAAACGGGUACAACUGCAGAAUCUGUGGAUUCUGACGAUUCGGAUACAACAGUUACAGGAUCAGAGGUAGAUGGAGAGUUUUUGGUUGAAACAAAAUCAGCAAAGACUCCCUGUUCAGUGUCAGAGACGAAGGAAGUAAACUCUCAAUCGCCGGUCCAGACUGAGCCCAAAUCCCAACACCAAAAUCAGCUUCCUCACUCUGGAUCCAUCAAUCAUGCACCAGGACCAAUAACAGAGCCUCCAGCCUCCAUAGUGAACAGCCUCCAAAGAGACCCUUCAGGCCUAAAGAUGGAUACUCCCGGCCCUUUGAAAGACGCUCCCGAAUCAAAGAUGAGCGUCACAAGUCCAGGCGAAGACAUUCCAGGUCAUAAAAUGAAUCUGUCACGUUCUUUCCCCCCACAGAUUGUGGUGACCACACAGAAUCUAAACGGGCCAGGACUUCCUUUUCAUAGUCAGUCACAGAAAGUAAGGACAAGUAGCGACAGACCUUUGAUGGGUCUUUGUAGGCCUACAGGGCCGAAUUCAGACGAACCGAAAGAACUUUCUUCAGGCUGCAGAGUUUUUACCAUCUGUGAGGAUCCGUCCCAGACAGAGAGUCCCGGGACUACCCUGCCCUUGAAGUCUGAGUUGGGCUGCACUUCUGUGUUAGCGACUGGAUGUGAAUCAGUAGUUGAAGGAGUUCAGGUGCCGUUGGAUGCUUGUGGUUGCCCGACAGUCUACACCAACUGCUUCGGCAGCGGGGACAGUUUUGACGAAGAGCUGACGGUUUACGAGUUCUCGUGCCGAACUCAGAGCAGCGGAGUGACUCCGACUUCUGCAGGUCUUCCUCUCAUCACCUCUCCACCCGUUUCUUCUUUUCUCUCCACCUCCUCCACCUACUCUCCCUCCUUCCCACGCACCAUCCUUUUCUCCUCCUCUACCUCUGAGCUCAGCCCUCUCCUCUCGCCGUUGUCCGACGCCUCUGACUGUUUCCUGUCUCAAACGCACAAGGACACCAUCAGUCGGCUCGGCCAACAGCGCUACCCAGAACCCCCAACGGGCUUCCAAGUACUCCGGGUGGACGUGGACCAGCUCCUCUCCAUCCUGGAGAGUAGCGGUUCUGACCGAUCUCUGGCAAGUCAUGGAGGUCGCCAUGCAAGGGACACCUGCCCCGUCCACUUCACAGAAAACAAGAGGGUUCUCCAGAUGGAGGCACGGCGGCUGAUGUCAGGCUGCCAGAAGGUUGUUGGGAUCGGACAGAGCCCAGAGGAGAUGCUUCACUCCCUGGCUGAUAGUUUCCGGACCCUGGUGGAGUUGGCAGGUAUUUGCCUCUGGUUCUCCGGUUGCGACAGGUGUGACCGGAGGAACGCAGAGGCAGUGGCAGGUCUGGCAGACGUGGCCCGAUCAUUCAGGGACUUCUGCCUGGCAGCCGAGCGAGCUAGCAGCAAGCGCAGCUGCCAGGACCUGAGCACCAAGCUGCUAGCCAAACAGUGCACCGCGCUCACCGCCUCCGUCUUCUGCCUCACUCAGCUGUUCCGCACCCUCACUGCACUAUGAGAGGACCACAACCUCUGAAGUCUUUUGGAAGGACCUUUAGAGCAACCUGUGGCGUGUUCCCUGAGAUUCAUGGGAUCACCGGUGAGCCUACAGCUGCUGCAGACAGAGGAAGGUCCUGUUUAGGAUGGGCAGUGUGACGGGAGGUUACCUCAGAAACACACUGGUGUCACGGAGCUCCAUGACAGCUCAAAUGAUCACAAAAACCUCUGGGAAAACCUUUGAGAUCGUCAAGGUGCAUGUGGUUUACUGACUUUAUGCUGUGCACGUAAUGUAGCUCCAAAAAACCAAACAGUCAGCCAACAACCAGACUGUCGAGUGGUUCAAGCUGCAACAGCAGAACCUGCUUGCAUUCCAGUAUUGAGGAACUGAUGUACUUGAAUGUAUUCUAUGUUAUCUAUUAUUUUAUUUAUUUAUUUGUUUAUUUAAUCGAUGAGUUACUGCAGUGAGUAAACAAGGAAUGUAAAGACAAGCAAGGAAGUAUUUGGAAAUGUUUACAGGCGUAAUCUUUAGAUGGAGGAGUAGCAGGCCUUUUAAACACACACAUACACAUACACACACACACACACACACACACACACACACACACA